UCCUUUUAAUAUUAUCUUUAUGAUCUAACCUCACGUAGCCUAAUCUAACCCUACGUGUGCACUCGUAAAUUCAACUAUGUUUGCCAGCGUUCGAUGUUAUUUUUUUCAUUGAAAAGAAAGGUGGACGUGUUCAGCAUAAAAUGUCCCUUAAAAAGUGUGCUGCAAGAACAUGUUUCAAUAUGGAAGCCUCUACACCCGGUGUAACAUUUUUCAGCUUUCCUAAAGAUGAAAUAUUAAACAAUUUUAAAGGACAUACGAUCGAACGAUCUGAUAUACUAAAACGAAAAAAUAAUACCAAAGAUCUAACGAGCUCGAAGAGCAAUGUACUGGUCAAUGUGCAAAAUGAAAGUACAGAAAGAAGAUACAACCGUGAAUACAAAUACAUUCCAAGAAUUGUUUCAAAUUCCAUAAGCGACGAGGAAGACUUAACGAUAUCUUUGAGAGUCGAUGACCUUGAUAUUAAGGAAGACGGACAAAAGAUCCAUAAGCUAUGUCGUUUAUGUGCAACUCUUGUACCACUUGACAUGCUUAAUUGUAUUUACAGUUCCCGCCUUGACAUUAAAAUCAAUAGAUUAUUGCCAAGAAUGGCAUAUAAGAACGACGGUUUACCAGAAGAUGCAUGUGAAUCCUGUGCAGAAAAGCUAGCAAUGUGUGAAACAAUGAUUCAACGAUUCAAAGAAGCAGAUAAAAAAUUAAGAAUGUUACUCAGGGAAAGUAACAUAAUAAAUGAUGUUAAAUCUGCAUUGACUACUGUAUCACAUGGCCUUGAAGGUGAAUCAUUGAUUGCUAAUGAAUGCAAAUCUGAACCUUUGACUACAAUUAAUGAGUCACGCGUGGUUUUUUAUAAUACCAACAAUGCUUGCAAUAUCGUACAAAAACAAGUCCACUCUCAAACCGAAAAAGAAAAAGAAAUGAAGAAUGGCGUCGCUUAUGAAAACUAUUCAUCGAAUGAUUUAAUGAAUAAUGAGAUAGGAACGUUUGAUCCCCUUUUAAUAACCAAAGAAAACUGGAUAGGACUACAAGGUGCUCAUGAAAUAUUUACGUCAAAUAUGACAAAUACGAGUUCACAGAAAAUUGAACGAAUUAACAAAGGAACAGAAGUCAAGCGAAAGAAGAAGUCUAAUCGUUCCAUCGUUCCGCAAUUCAAUGAACUGAUAGUUUUUCAGUGCUUGCAUUGUAAUGAAGGAUUCGUCGACAAAAGUCUUAUGAUAAAGCAUUGUAAAAUGAAUCACGCGGAUCAGGGUUCGAAUAUGGCCAAAUUAUUUUCAGUCGAGACAAGACUGGUUCCUAAAGUAAUAAAACAGACAAAAUUUAAAUGUUCACAAUGUCUUAUCGCAUUUCCGUCAAAACAAGCACAUCAGCUGCACUUGAAUUCCCAUUUAAACCCAACUGGUAAUACAUGCGAGUACUGUGGAAGAUUUUUUACUCGUAAAAUUCGAUUUAUAAUUCACAAAGGCCUACAUUUUACCAAGAAAUCUUAUCGAUGUCAUGUGUGCAACGACACGUUUGUUUUCGGUAACAGUUAUAAACGACAUAUGAUAAGUCAUCUCAGAAAGGUAAAAUCAUAUCACUGCAAUAGAUGCAACGAAGUCUUUCCGACAGAAAAUCGACUGAAGGUACAUCGAAAGAAUCAUGGAAAGGAUGCAUUCUUGUGCAAUCGAUGUGGAAAGUUCUUAGCUUCGAUGGCAAGCCUGAGGACUCAUUUAGCGACACAUGCGGAAGAACGACCCUUCCUGUGCAGCGAGUGUGGAAAAGCCUUCAAGACAAAUGGUCUGCUGAACCAUCACAGGGCAACGCACAUUCGGGAGAAGAGAUUCGAGUGUAACGCGUGUGAAAAGAAGUUCCAUGCAAAAUCACUCCUGUCGCAACAUAUGCUCUCUCAUUCGAAUACAAAGACUCACAUAUGUGACGUAUGCGGUGCUCGGUUCAACAGAAGUGGAAAUCUCAAUCAACACAAAAAGAAACACGUAAUCGCGAUACCUGUGGCAGAGAACGCGUAUGGGGGAAAGGUAGGUACGAGGCUCUUCAUUUGUGAAAUAUGCAAGAAACGAUUUCCUACUCUACACCAAUGGCGAAUACACGAACGGGUGCAUACCGGGGAAAGGCCGUUCCCGUGUCCGGAGUGUUCGAAAACUUUCCGUUCCGAUGUAACUAUGAAGCAACAUUUUGCAAGCAUCCAUACCGAAGACCGGCCGUACGUCUGCUCAUAUUGCGGGCGACGUUUCAAACGAUUGUACACGCUAACUGUUCACAAAAAGACGCAUACUGGCGAACGACCGUACCCUUGCGAGAUCUGUAGUCGUCCGUUUGCCCAAAGAGGGGACAUGAUUAAACAUAUGAAGAUUCAUGAUCGAAACCACAUACGUGACACCGGGAAAGGCAAAGUACACGGAGUGGACCCCAAGAGAGGCAGCGUGGAAGCUGGCUCGUCGACCACCUAUGACUCUCGGUCCGUCACUUUUCUGCCGCUAAAUGACGUUAAAGUGACGGAUGAUCUUGUUAUAGCAGUGCCAACGAUUGCAACCGAGGAGGAAGUUGUUUAGCUGGUAUGGUCGGUACUUACCGUACGACCACGUGCAGAGCAGAAAAACAACAUGCUGAUGGAAAUCCUUCUUUUUACUUUCUGCUCCGUAUUAGCCAUCAUGAUUCGCCAGGAACUUAAAAUGUGAUUAUAUCUUAUAAGAUGUAGUAUUAGAUCUAUUCAAGUUUUCUGCAAAAACUCGGCUAGUGAUAGAAGGAUAAAUAAGUUCUUUUACAGCAAGGGAUCGUAUCACCGUUAAAUGUUUAAUAUAAUAUUGUGUGAAAAUAUAUUUUUGUUAUCGUA